AGUCUAUAAAAAUAAUAAAAACACACAGCUGUCAAAAAUAGUUUUGUUUAUUUUGUUUUAUUUUUUUUUUGUUUCGACAAUAUUUAAUUAUUGAAAAAAGAAGAAUCAAUACACUCACAAAUUAAUUGUUGAGUUGAUGAAUAAUAUAAAUAAUAACAUUUUGAUAAAUAAACAAAGUGUUUUAUAAUUAUUAUUGCAAUAAAUAGUAUGAUAUAUAGUCAAUGAUAAUCUAUGAAUUUAGGCGUAUUUAACAGAGUUAAUCUCAAGGAUACUGGAGGUGGAAUGUAUUCAGAAUGGGCAUCAUUGAGUUCAUUGAUACAAAGAGGCUCAGAUGAGAGUCGUAGUGUUUUAGAUAAAUUUUCAGCAGGUGCUGGACGUGAAGUUGCACUUUCAAUUGUACGUCAAUUAUCAUCAAAUCUUGGUAUAUCACAAGCUGCUGAACCAAGUACAUUAAAUACAGAUAAAGAAGUACAAUGGUGUAUGGAAGUAAUAUGUUAUGGUUUAUCAUUACCCCUGGCUGAACAUGAUACUGUACGUGAUUGUGUCAAUGUUUAUUGUGAAUGGCUAUCAGCACUAUAUUCUACACCAAAAAUAUCAGUACCAAAACCAAUUGUUGAUGAUCCAAAUUUUUAUGCCAGAAAAAUCAUCAGUCAUUUUCAUAAUUUAUUUGUACCAAGAAAAGGCGAAGUUUGGCCAUUUUUGUAUCAAGAUUUAGGAGCUGAUACAAUAAAUAAACAAGCAGUAUUGUGUCAUCGUGUAUUACGAACACUUCAACAAGUUGCACGUAGUACAGCUAUUUUAGAUGGUGAAACUUGGGAAAGUUUAUUAUUAUUUUUAAUUGGUAUUAAUGAUGCAUUAUUGGCACCACCAGCUGUUCGUGAAGAUGCCGGUGAACAAUUAUGUGAAAGAGUACUUGGUGUACUUCUUGAAGUUUGGCUUGUUGCAUGUGAAAAAAAUUUUCCAUCACCACCAUUAUGGCGAACACUAAGAGAAUCUUGUUUACGAUGGCGACACAGACUUGCACUUAUUGAACAAUGGAAUCGUGUUUGUCUAGCAUUAACAGCAAAAUUAUUAAAUAUCAUGUAUGGACCAAUGUUUCCAGAGCUUAAAAUAAGUGAAGAAGACAUGACCUUGGUACCAUCAACAAUAUCAGAUGAAGCUGUUGCACAAGCAUGGUACAGAUUACUAAGAACAAUUGGUGAUCCAGUUGAUUUAUGUAGACCAGCAGUUGUAUCACAAACACAAGCAUUUUUACAAUAUGCAAUUGCAAGUACAAAUGUCGUUGAUCCAUGUCAACAUCCAUGUUUACAAGCAUUACCACAUAUUUUUUUAAAAGCAAUAAAAGGUAUUGCUGGACAAGUUGAUGCAUUUCUUGGAAUAUCACAAGCAAACUGUUGGGAAGAAUGUUGUUCAAAUAAUUAUCACAAUACCUAUAAUAAUAACAAUAAUAAUAAUAAUAAUAGUAGUAAUGCCUCAACAUUACAAGGAGGAAAUCAUCAUUAUUAUUAUGGAUAUUCAAUUGGGGGGGUUGGUGGUAAUGAUAAAAGUGGUACAAAUAGAGAUCAACCACAACCAUCACCAACACCACCACCAACUCAACGAAGACUUGCUAAAAGUUUUAGCGUUACACCUUCUGCUGUCACCAAGGGAAUGCCAAAAGCUUCAUUGAUUGGUUUAACAACAAGUAGAAUAACAAGUCAACCAUUGGCAUUUGGUAAUUCAGGACCAUCAUCAACAUCAAGUACAGCUUCUGUUGCAUCAAUAAGUUGCAAUGAAAAUCGUCCAUCAUUGGCACCAGGUCGACCAAAAUGUAAUAGUAUAUUUCAUUUAUUUGGUGAGUGGCUAUUUGAAGCAGCACUUAUUGGUACAAAUGGAUGGUCACAAAAUUUACCACAACCACUUGGUGCAUCAAAACGUCCAUCAUCUGUUCUUGUUGAUGGACCAAGUUCAUUACAAGAAACUAAAACUGAAAUACCAUCAUCAUUGGGAAUUGAUCGUUAUGAGUCAGGAAGAGCUGAAGCAAUUGGUGCACUUUGUCGUAUAAUAUGUGCUAAAAAAACUGGUGAAGAUAUAUUACCAGUUUAUUUAUCAAGAUUUUAUCAAGCAAUAUCACGUGGUUUAAAUAUUGACAAUAUAAAUAUUAAUGAUAAUAAUCGUGAAUGUGGUGAAACAUUGGCUAGUAUAUUAAUUAAUUCAUCAGAUUUAUUUAGACUUGAUUUAGAUGGUGUUGAAAUACUUGCACCAGCUAUUUUAACAGCAUUAGAACUUGUAUUACCAGAUAAAGAUCUUAAAUUAAAAUCACAAAAUAUAUCAAAAAUUGAAUUGAGAAGAGCAUCAAUACAAAUAUUAUUAUCAAUGCUUGUUUUACCAUUGCAUUAUCAAAAUCUUGAAAUUCGUGAAUUACCAAAUACAUCUGUUGGUAUUGGUUUUGAAAAAAAUACAUUAACAUUUGGACAACUUAAACCAAGACUCAUGAACUUACUUAUAAAUGCACUUCAAGUAGAAAAUGAUUCACUCAAUACUCACAUGUUACUUGGUGGAUUAAUGCUUAGUGUUCAAGACUCGGCAACUGUUGAAGAAGUUGAAAAAACAACAGUUAUUGAAUCCAUGAUAAAUGACAAUACAACAACAAAUUUAUUAUCGUCAGUAAGCAGUGAUUCAACAAGUCAAAUAAGCAUUGCCAGUGAUAUUCGAUCACUUGGUGAAUCAUCAGAUGUUGGAACUGUCCAAGAAGAAACAUCUGCAUUUGAUUCAGCUCAUGCACUUUUUUUACGUGCAACUUAUCUUGUUUGUCAUCGACUAAUAUCAUCAUGGAAAACAGAUUUGAAUAUAUCAUUGGCUGCACUUGAAUUAUUAUCAGGAUUGGCAAGAACAAAAAUUAGAGAAACAGCAAGAAGACCAACGGAUGCAUUGGAAUGUAAACGUGCUGUUAAAUGGCUUUGUGAUUAUAUAACAUACCAAUGUUUUCGUCCACCACCAGCUCAUUCAAAAGAUCUUCAUUCAUCAAUUGUUGCUGCAUUUGGAUGUUUAACAACAUGGCUAACAGCACAUCCAGAAUUAUUACAAGACAAGGAUUGUUUAACAACAGUAUUUGAAGUUGUUGAACUUGGUGUAUCGGGUACAAAAAGUAUUGGUAAACCUGGUGAACAAAUUAAAAUGAAAGAUGAAAAAGAAUUAAAGCCAGCAUCAAUGCGUGUACGUGAUGCUGCUGAUUCAUUAUUAACAAUAAUACUUGAACAAGUUGGAUAUUUUCCAAGUGCAUGUGGUGCACAAUCAUUAUCAUCAUUAAUUGACGAAAUAACACUGUGUCAAAAAUUAAAAAAACAAACAACAAUAAAUGGUAAUAAUAGACAGUUGGCUGUUGAAAAAUUUCGUUAUUUUGUUGCUGAAAAUAAUGCAACAAUGUUGGCAUUAUUAGAAGAGCCAUUAAUUGAUGACAAUGAUAAUGAUGGAGAUGGAGAUAAAGAUGAUGAAGAUGAUGAUGUUAAUCUUGAUGAUGAUGACGAUGACGAUGAUGAUGAUGGUAAUAUUAAAAAAAAUAAUAAUCUUAAUAGCAAAAAAGAAAAACAAAUACCAACAGUAACAGUAUUAAUACGUGGUCCAUUUGGUAGACAUGCAUGGACAAUGAAAUUACGUCAUUUGCCACGUCACAAAUCUGGAUUUAAAAGUAUUAAUGAAAAUUUAGGUAGACCAUUACCACUUGCUGAGGAAAUAAUUAAAACUGAUUUUAAGCCAAAAUUUUUUCCUGAUAAUAUUGAUAAAAUACCACACUGUAAAGUUGAUGAAUCAAUACCAAGUCUUGAUACUGUUAUGAAUGACAAUGAUACUAUUAAAAAUGAACAUUAUUUACUUGAAAAUUUACUUGAUAAACAAAUAAUUAAUGAAAGUAAUAUUGAUAAUAAAAUUAUAGAUGAUAAUUAUAGUGAAUGCAUGACACCAAAUAAUUCAUAUGAUUAUCAAACAGCAAGAUUAUUUUUAAGUCAUUUUGGUUUUUUAAAUAUUGAAUCAUUAAUACAAUCUGCUAAUAAUAAUAAUGAUAAAUCAAAUUGUUGUAAUUUAAUAGCAUUAGAUCCAACAUUAAAUGGUUUUUUAGCUGAUCUUGAUAGUAUUGAUCAAACAAGUCCAAGAACAUGUGAUACUGUACAUAUUUUUUAUGUUAAAUCUGGACAAAAAAAUCCAAUUGAUAUAUUAUCAAAUGUUGUCAAUAAAAAUUAUGUAUCAGCUAAUUUUUUAGAAUUUAUAAAUUCACUUGGUUGGCCAGUUGAUGUAUCAAAUCAUUGUGGUUGGACUGGUCAUGUAUCAACAUCAUGGCAUGCUACACCACCACCACCAUCAUCAUCAUCAUCAUCAAUUAAUUUUGAUAAUCAUGGUGGUAGUUUAUACAAUGGUAAUACACAAAUAUUAUAUUGGGCUGAUGUUAAUUCAGAAAUUGCAUUUAUUAUACCAACUUGUGAUUCAUUAUCAACAACAACAACAACAGCAACAUCUUCAUCAUCUUCAUCAUCGUCACAUGGAAUAAUGAUUGCUGAAUCAUUGGAUGAACGUGAAUUAAGUUAUGGAAGUGAUUGUACUAUAUCAAAUCAUACAAAUUUUGAAAGAAGUAUAAGUGAUAUUGUUAAUAAUAAAAAUAUAACAAUUAAUUCACAUAAUCCAAGAACAAUGUCAUUGGAUUUAGAUAAACAACCAUUAAGUUUAAAUGAUAAAUCAUCAACAACAACAACAACAACAACAACAUCAACAGUAACUGAUACAACAACAACAACAAAUACAACUAGACCAAGAAGAAUAACAAAACAUUCAUUACCUGGACAAACAGAUACACGUAUUAUGAUUGUAUGGCUUGAAAGCCAUGAGGAUUAUUUAAAUUUUCCAAUAUCACAAUUAUUAUCAUCAACAAAUACUGGUAUUGAUACAUGUAGAGUAUUACAAUCAUCUGAUGUACAAGUAAUAUAUUUACAAUCAUUAAAUAAUGGAUUAAUGAGAGUUAAAUUACAAGGACCAAUAACACGUAUUAAUUUAGCAACACCACUUGUUGAUGGAAUGAUUGUAUCACGUCGUGUACUUGGUACACUUGUACGACAAACAUCAUUAAAUAUGGGAAAAAGAAAAAGACUUGAUAAUGAUACUUAUCAUCCACCACAUGUUAGAAGACGUUUAAAAAUCCAAGAUAUGAUUUAUAAAUAUAAACGUCAUUUAUCACAACCUGAAUUACUCACAUUAUUAUUUACAAAUCCACAUAAAUAAUUUAUUUAAUAUAUUAUUUAAUUAUAUGUUAUGAAUCUCAUUUUUAUUUUUAAAUAUUAAUUUUUAUCUUUUAAUAAUUGAUAAUUGAUAACAAAAAAGCUUUAAAUAUAUUAAAUUAAUUGCAUUAAUAAAUCAAUCAACAAAUGGCAUCUCCAAUCAUGUGACACUGAAUUUUAUCAUUUUAUCAGUUAGUAAUAUAUAUUUAUUGAAAUUGGAAUUCAGUAGAUUCAUGACUUGACUGAGAAUAAAAUAAAAUCUUCAACAGCAUCAGAGAUUAAGUGAAAGUUAGUAAAGAGAACCAGUUGUUAUUGUUAUUAAUAUUAUGACCAAAAUUUAAAAAAAGACCUUGAUAAAUGUGGAUGUAACAACGAUAAAUAAAAAAAAAAAAAUGGAAAAUAA